AUGUCUCCGGGCAAUCUCUCUUCCUACACUUCAUCUUCACCUUUGCCCUCUCUAUAUCCUGCUCUUGAGGACAAUCCCGCCAUCAUGAACAACAUGAACAACGCCGACCAGUACCACAUCACCUCUGGCGCAAGCAUGUCUCUGCCCACCACCUACACCCCCACCACCCAUCGCGUCAGCAAAGCCAAGAAGGGCAAGCGCGUGCACGUCUGCGAGUACCCCGGAUGCCAAAAGGUCUUCACUCGAGCCGAGCACCGCCGGCGGCACGAGAUGCGCCACUACUCCAAGAAGUCCUAUCCGUGUACCUUCGAGGGCUGCAAGCGGACCUUCCACCGAUCCGACUACCUAACUCGCCACCUGGAGAAGCAUGAAUCCGGAGUUCGAAUUCCCUCGCGCGCUCCAUCCACCAAGUCCAACUCGUCCCGAGUCCAGCGGACUUCUCACCUGCGCUCCACUGACAUCCCAGUGGAACCCAUCAUCCAGGCCGUGGCGGCCCCAACAUCCUACCCUAACACCUGGACCAGCAUGGAAACUUCUGUCCCAUCAACCGCCGCAUGGUUCAAGCAGAUCCCAGACUCCGUCGACCACUUCUACUGCACCACCCCUGAGCUGAGCAACUCUCCUAUCCCCACAACCGACUUCGCCAGCCCCGCCGCUUCUCCCCCAUCCUUCCUCUACGAACAGUCUCAGAUCCUGGACCCGUAUCUCCAAGGCCCUGCCUCGGACGUCGAUUCGGGAGUUGACUCGCCUGUCCCUUGGGAGAAGAUGGAACCUUACAUGCUGCCAUUCCAAUAUGGGCCUGUUCCGAUGCACGACAUGGCUUACCCUCCUCCUUGCCAGUACACGUCGUGGUCUAGCCCCGACAGCUUUGCUCCUCUGCAUGACUUUUCGGCUUCCCCAUUGAGCUACAACCAGCACGCUAUGUGCUGA